UAGUUUGUUGUCAUCCGCACUCCUUUACUUUCUAGGUUGUUAAUUCUUCCGUACCAAAUCGUCGUCUGUUCACCUGAAUGUCAUUUCCCAGACAAGUCAGGCUUUUGCGACAGCUACAGACGUUCUAUCCUUCUGCUUUGACACACAAUACUGCACGAUGUCUCAUUGUUAAGCUAAUCUUAGAAUCACCUCUCACAACAGCAAUUAGUUUAUUAAAUCCAGACGGAACGACUGUUGAAGAAUGGAACUAUCUUUGUUCCUUGACUGACUGCUUUUCGUGUAUUUUAUGUUCACAGAAGUUCAUUCCUUCAGAAUUGCAUCCUGUAGCACAAAAAGUAUUUAUUUCGACUCUUCUUCCGAAACUGAACGCUUGGAUAGAGCACUUCAGUUCUCAAUUUGUAUCGCGGUGUGCGUCUGCGCCCAUCAAUUUACAGGAAUUCCCUUUUGUACUCUUCUUUCAGUCUCCUUUGGGUGUUCAGCUAUUUUUUCGUUCAUGGGAAACAAUUGAAGAAUCUUCGAAAUUUUUACUUUUCUCCAAUUUCCUAUCAGUUUGUUCGUUCUCUGCCGCAUUUGAGCUUGCACGGCUUUGCCAAGAUCAUAACACUCGAUCCAAAACAGUCCGAUUACUUUGCCGUUCAUCUCCAUUAAAGAAUUCGUUGCUACGGUCAGAAUUUUACGAACAAUUUAGUGCUAUAAUACUUCAAGAAAAUCCUGAUGAUCUUGUUUAUGGUCUUGUGAAAGAAUGUAUAUUAAUGACCGGGUCACCCGAGUUAGUCCGGCUCGCGCUAAAGAGAAUGAACACAUUGCUCCUUUUAUGUCUCCCACGACAUCCGGAAAUUGUAAAUAAAGAAUUUUGUCUCCAAUGGACUGAACUAGCUGAGAGAUAUUGUUGUCAAGAAGACUGGAUUUCUCUGUUAAAUAUAAUUUGCGACUUUAAGUCUUGCAGAGCAGUCAUUCAUAAAGAAUGCUCUGAAUUCUUAAAACAACAAACUCAUUCAAGGGCGGCUAAGAUGGUUGGCAUAAAACUAGCCAUUCAGUAUGAUCCUAAAAGUAUAGUACCUCGGAUUAAGAGUCUUCUAGAAGAAGGUGUUUGUGAUCUACUUCUCUUAGAAGCCUUGCGACUCGCGACUACUUUUGGCUCUGUAAAAAAGUUAGUUGUAAGUUAUCCGAAGAUUUUGCGGCAACUGAUAGAUGGCUUGGAUCCAAACUCGUCCUUAAUUGAGGUUAAUUCCUCUGCUAUUAUACUCUAUAAUCUCUGCAAAUUUAAAGUUCAAAAAGCUGAGAAUGAACAAGAAUUGCAACGGUUGCGCUCUAUGGCUGAAGCGGAUUCAUCUUACGCUGCUUCCCCUGAGGACGAGCAAGUACCAACUGAGAAAAGAAUACAAGCUGUUAUUAGUCUUCAGAUUUUACAGAAACUGUAUAUCUUGUCUCAUACCCAUCUCUCUUUGAAUGAAUUAAUCCCUAAAAUUUUAGUACAUGUUGCUAGCGUCCGAGGCAACAGGCCUGAACUUGCGCAAUAUGGUGCUGUACGAUUUUUGACUAAAACUUACUUUACUGAAAGGUUCGAUUUUAAUGCAGCCCAUGCUUUAGCAAAGAUUCUCAUUAGUAUUGCACCUCAAAGCAUAUUUACUGGCUCUUUACCCUCUAAUCGAGCAAUCGAUCCUAUUUGCAAAUUACUGCUAAACAGCGAAGAAAAAAAUAGCGAAUAUCCUGUUUUAUUGGCAAAGUUUGAAUCUUUAUUGGCCCUAACAAAUCUAGCAUCCAUGGACGAAACUAGUCGUCAAGCUAUCAUUACCAAGUCAUGGACAGCUAUCGAUGAUUUGCUAAUAAGCAAUCAUGAAUUAAUUCAAAGAGCAACAGUAGAACUUGUUAAUAAUUUGUCUCUUUCUCCAUACUGUUUAAUCAAAUUCAUUGGAGAGAGCAACUCUGGGCCCGAAGCGACACGCCUAAAAAUUUUAACGGCAUUAAGUGAUGCUGAUGAUGAAGCAACAAAAUUGGCCGCUUGUGGAACUUUGGUGCAAGUUUGCAGUUGUGAAGCAGGAUGUAAAGCGUUAUUGGACAUUUAUUCGGACUUCAAAUUUGUGAUUCGUAUGUUGACAGAUGAAAACAUUGGUGUCCAACAUCGUGCACUAGUCUGUAUAUGCAAUCUUGUAUUUUCUGAUGAUGAAGUAAUCCUUGCAGGAUUGAAUAAAACUCCGGAAGCCCUGCUCACAUUACGUACUUAUAAAUCUACUCAAAGAGAACUAUUGGCAUUAAAAGAGGAAGCACUUUCGAGGAUCAAAAGUUUAACAAAAUCGUGAGCAAACAGAACAUCAACGAAGAAACAUAUAGAAAGAAAAGAAUUAAAGAUCCUAUAGCAAUGCAAAGGUAAAUGAACCACAUAGAUUAAAUAUUUAGUAAUGAUUUUCCAAAACGUGUAAACCGCAGGAUAAAAGAAUAUAAGUCUCAACAUAAGACUUCAAAAAUAGGAACCAAAAAAAAGCAUCGUUACCAUUCUACGAAAAAAA